AUGAAACUGUUUUUAAUCAUCCUCGACCUUGAUGAUGCCCUCAAACUGUUCGAUGAAAUGACACAGAGGCAACCUCUGCCCUCCGUUGUUCAGUUCAACCAGUUGUUGCAAGCUGUUACCAAAAUGAAACACUAUUCUUGUUCGAUUGAUCUUUUUAAACAAAUGAAUGUCCUUCGUGUUCCUGUGGAUGUGUACACUGUUAACAUUGUUAUCAAGUGUUGCUGCCAAAUGCACCACACCAAUGAAGGAUUUGCAGUCCUAAGCUAUGGUUUUAAACGUGCUGUUUUCCCUGAUGUUUACACAUUUAGUACACUCUUAAAUGGACUCAUCCUAGAAGAUAGAUUCCUCAUUGCAGAAAGGUUAUUCAAAAAGCUGAUCAAGGAGGAACUUUGUGAACCUAAUGCAAUUAUGUACAGUACUAUGAUUAAAGGGCUUUGCAAAUUUGGAAAUAAUGAUACAGCCAUUUCCUUGCUUAAACUAAUGGAUGAAAAGGGUUGUAAACCUAAUGUGGUCACAUAUAGCACCAUCAUUGAUAGCCUUUGCAAGGAAAAAAUGGUAGAUGAUGCUUUAAAACUCUUCAAAGAAAUGGUCUUCCACAAAGGCAUCCUACCUAAUGUUGUCACUUACACCUCUUUAAUUCACGGCCUUUGUAACUUGUGUCGUUGGGACGAAGUCGAUAAAAUACUCAAAGAAAUGGAAGAGCAAAGGAUCUCCCCAAAUGUUCAUACUUUUAGUAUAUUAGUGGGUUCACUUUGCAAAGAAGGUAAGGUUAAAGAUGCAAAAGGUGUCUUCAACUUAAUGAUCCAAAAAGGCAACGUUCCGAAUGUAGUGAUAUACAAUUCACUUAUUGAUGGGUAUUGUUUGCGUGGAGAAAUGAGCAUUUAUUUCAUGAAACUGAAGAUAGAAGAGGCCAUGCAUUUAUUUCAUGAAAUAACUAAAAAAGGUAUGAAACCUGAUGUGAUCACUUACAGCAUCAUGAUACAAGGAUUGUUUCGAGUUGGACGUUGUAAAGUUGCAGAAGAACUGUUUUAUGAGAUGAGAGCACACAGCCUGAAUCCGGAUGAAAUCACUUACGGAAUAGUUUUGGAGGGUCUAUGCAACAACAAUCAAGUGGAGAAAGCACUCUCUUUAUUCUAUUUAAUGGGUGAUAACAAGCUAAAUUCAAAUAUUAUUGUGUACAAUAUACUCAUUGAUGGUGCAAGUAAAAAUGGGAAGUUUGAUAUUGUAAGGAACCUUUUCAAUGAACUAACUGUGAAAGGUUUACCACCUGAUGUUUGGACAUAUAAUACAAUGAUUAGUGGUUUUUUCCGGGAAGGUGUGAUGGGGGAAGCAAAAGAAUUGUUUUUUGAAAUGGAAAAGAGAGGCUGCUCGCCAAAUGAUGUGACUUACCGUGUUCUUCUCCAAGGAUUUCUAAAGAACCAACAACAUGAUAUGGUAGAGAUGCUUUUACUGGAAAUGAAAGGAAGAGGUUUCUCAGUUGAUGCUACAACCGUAUCAAUGUUACUUGAUCAUAUAAAAGCUAGAUCCUUAGAUGCUUCUUUGCUUAAGCUGAUUGGUAAGCUUGUGCCAAAGGAAGGAGUGGAUGCUCAUUGUUUUACAGUGUAG